AUGAGUUCAUCCCAAACACCAUCAUCACAACAAGGAGGUGAGUCAUCCAAUCCACCUUCAAGUAGCAGCAGCAGUGGUAUCAAUCAAUACAAUACUUCUCAAGCUACAGGAGGUUCCUCGUCAUCUUAUUAUGGUCGGGGUAGUGGUAGUAGCGGUGGUGGUGGAAAUACUUCAGCCUCUUCUCAUCAUUCAUAUAAUAAUAAUUAUAAUUAUUAUUCUAGGUCUUCCGGUGGUAGUAGUAGUGGAGGUUAUAAUUAUAAUCGCUCUGGAAAUUAUUACAAUAAUAGUGGACAUUAUUCACAAAGUCAACAACCUUCUUCGACAUCAUCAUCGUCAUCGACGAGUGGUAAUACCAACCCAAAUUCUGCAAAUCCACAACCACCUCCACCUACAAGUGGUAGUGAUAAUUCUACAAUGUCUACAUCGGCAACAAAUGUGACUGCCGCAACAGGAGCCUCUUCAUCAUCUAUGAGUCAGGAUGGAGGAAAUUCUCAAUCAUCCUAUCAUCAGUAUGGUAAUUAUAGAAGAUUUGGAAAUGAUCAACAACAAAUGUAUUCGGGAAGAGAUUAUUAUUAUAGAAGAGAUGCAGGAUAUGAUCAAUAUAGAACAGAUGACAUGUCAUAUAAUAGAUCCUACUAUCAACAAAACUAUCAAAGAAAGAAUUUUUCCUCUCCAAGUGGUUACAAUAACAAGUAUUAUUACAAUACCACAAGUCCAUAUACAAGCUAUCAUGCAAGUAGCAAUCCAACUGCAGCAGCUGCUGCAUUAGCUUCUAGGCAAUCCAGCGAACAGUCCAAGUCACAAACCAACACUUCAACAUCAACUACUACCAGUAACGAGACUACCCCAAGCAAAAAUUCAACAGUAUCAAAUGCAACAAAUGUAACAACAACAACAGUGGAUUCUACCAAUCCUCCCCAACAAACCACAACAACACCUCCACCACCAACUGUUAGCAAUAGUAAUGCUAUGAGUAGUGGCAACACUUCAGUGCCAUCCACACCAACCAAGUCUGUCACAAAUGCAACAGACCAGCAGCCAGUUACACCUUCGGAAAAGAGCUAUUCAUCACAUUAUCACGAUGUUAAUUCAUAUGGAUCUCAUUACGAUCCAAAUUUAAUGCAAGAUGACAUGUACAAGUACGAUCAUGAUUACUAUGGAUACGAUAGAAGAUAUAAUUAUCAAAUGAGAGGAAGAGAUUAUUACGAUCACAGAGGAACUUAUCAAACUGAUCCAAACUAUAGGUACGCAUCACCAAAGGAUGCCUAUGCCUACAAUUCAGCAACAGGUUAUGACCAUCGUUCUUCCACAAGUGGUGUUAAUACUUCUUCUUCACAAGUUUCCUCUUCGACUGGUACUCCAACCAGUGCAACAAGUGUUGAUAAGGCAUCUUUUUGGAACAAUCCUCAAUAUAAUAGAGAUAAUUAUUACUACAAGCAACAACAGCCAUACCAAGGAGCAUAUAGUACACAAUCAACAACCAAUGCUUCAUAUAGCACCCCUCCAAGACAAAAUCUUCAAGUUGACACCAGAUUCAAUAAUGCCAACUAUAAUAAGGCCAAUGCAUCAGCUUCCACACCUAUUUCUACACCUUCCAAAUUGUCUUCAACAGCUGGAAAUUUCUCUACUCAACCUUCAACACCAACUAGUGCCUUAUCUAAUCGACCAACAACAACGCCAAUAAGUGCUAACACUGUUGCUUACGUAAACCAAUCAGUUUUUCCAACUAACAGCCAACCUGUUGAGCAGCAACAACCUCCAAUGUGGGAUUAUAAUGAUUAUAUGGGAACUUUUAAAUAUUAUGAUAGUCAAACUCAAAAACAUAUUAUUCGUGUAAGUGAGGGAGACAAUGAAUUGGAUAUGAUUAAUGAAAGCUUGGAGAGAAUAAGGGAGGAAAAGAGACAACUCUAUGAGAAAUAUCUUGCCUCACAAAAGAGGGUUUUGGAAACUGACUAUAAUUUAAUGUUGGCUGAGCUUGAUGUCAUUGUCUCCAGCACAUCAACUAUGGACACCACCCCAGAAACAGUCACUCCUCCAAUUUCUGAAACUAGUUUCUCUACUACUACUACUUCUUUAGAUAUUACAUCCCCACAAACACAACUCGAUACAAGUGCCAUGCAAAUUUCAGUAUAG